AUGGGGUGCCUUAGUCAUCAGCCGGAAGUUAAUUCGUUUGGUCGAGGGUUUGAUGACUGUUCUAGUAGGCCCUCCGGAGGUGCUUUUGCUCUUAUUGUCAAUUCUGAAAUAGGUGCUGUUCUAGCUGUCAUGAGGCGGAAUGUUCGGUGGGGAGCUAGUUAUAUGUUGGACGAAGAUGAUCAAUUAGACCACUCCCUUAUCAACUCUUUUAAGCAAUUACGGAAAAAUAUAUUUGUGUGGCAAAAGCAUUGGAGAACUAUUAAUCCCGUCUUGUAUCUUAAACCUUUCUUGGAUGUUAUACAAUCUGAUGAAACUAGUGUGCCGAUUACUGGUGUUGCUUUAUCGUCAGUUUAUAAAUUAUUGACGCUCGAAGUGAUUGAUUUGGAUUCAGUUAAUGUUGAUGAAGCUUUGCACCUAAUAGUUGAUGCGGUUACAAGUUGUCGGUUUGAGGUGACUGAUCCAGCAUCUGAAGAAGUGGUACUAAUGAAGAUACUUCAGGUUCUUUUGGCUUGUAUGAAAAAUAAGGCAUCAGUUAAGCUGAGUAAUCGACAUGUAUGCAACCUAGUAAAUACUUGUUUCCGUGUAGUUCAUCAGGCAAGCUCUAAAGGUGAGUUGCUGCAGAGAAUAGCACGCCACACAAUGCAUGAGCUGAUUAGAUGUAUUUUCACUCGUCUUUCCAAGUUUGACAGCAUGGAAAAAGCUUAUAUCCAAGCAUGCAGCUCUCAUGUCAACAAUGAUGUUGGCACACCAGAUGGGAAUCAUAUUGCAAGUAAAUUAGAAGAUAACGGCCAUGCAAAAGCCGCAUCUGAUACAUCAAAAGAAAAGAUGGGCAUAAAUGUGGUCGUCGCUGGUCAAGAUGAGGAGAUUGCUCAAGCGGGAGGAGAUAGAAUGACAGAGCCAUAUGGUGUACCUUGUGUGGUUGAAAUCUUUCAAUUUUUAUGUUCACUUCUAAACGUAACAGAGAACAUCGGAGUAGGCAGUGGAUCAAACCUUAUAGCAUAUGAUGAAGAUGUGCCCCUAUUUGCAUUAGGUUUGAUUAAUUCGGCUAUUGAAUUGAGUGGGGCUUCCAUGCAAAAUCACCCAAAGUUGCUGGCUUUAAUACAAGAUGAUUUAUUCUUUAAUUUGACACGGUUUGGUCUGUCAACGAGCCCAUUAAUUCUCUCGACAGUGUGUAGCAUUGUCCUCAAUUUGUAUCAUCAUCUCCGUAUGAAGUUAAAGCUGCAACUUGAAGCUUUCUUUUCUAGUGUCCUUUUAAGGAUUGCAAAAAGCAAAUAUGGAGCUUCUUAUCAGCAACAGGAGGUUGCCAUGGAAACUCUUGUUGAUCUCUGCAGGCAACCGACAUUUAUGUCGGAGAUGUAUGUCAAUUAUGACUGUGACAUCUCCUGUACCAAUGUUUUCGAAAACCUUGCUAACCUGCUCUCAAAAAGUGCAUUUCCAGUGAACAAGCCUCUAUCGGCUAUGCAUGUUCUUGCUUUGGAUGGUUUGUGUGCGAUGAUUCAAGGCAUGGCUGAGAGGAUAACAAGUGAUAUACCAUCUUCACGACAAGCUUCAGUAAGCUUGAUAGAUUAUCAGUCAUUUUGGAGGUUAAGAUGUGAUAAUUAUGAUAACCCUGAUGAGUGGGUCCCUUUUGUCCACAGGACGAAGUUCAUUAAGAGAAAAUUAAUGAUUGGAGCAGAGCACUUUAAUCAGGAUCCCAAAAAAGGUCUAGAAUAUCUUCAAGAAAUUCAUUUGCUGCCUGACAAACUUGAUCCACAAAGUGUAGCAUGCUUUUUCAGGUUCACCAAUGGGUUAGAUAAGAAUCAUGUUGGAGAUUAUCUAGGAAGUCAUGACGAAUUUUGUAUAAAGGUUCUUCAAGAAUUUGCACGUACUUUUGAUUUUGAAGGCAUGAAUCUGGACAUUGCAUUGCGAGUUUUUCUAGAAACCUUCAAGUUGCCUGGAGAGUCACAAAAGAUACAGAGAGUCCUUGAGGCAUUUGCUGAGAGAUAUUAUGAGCAAUCACCCCUAAUACUGUGUGACAAAGAUGCUGCUCUCGUGCUAUCAUAUUCUAUCAUACUGCUUAACACAGAUCAACACAAUCCACAGGUUAAGAAAAAGAUGACUGAAGAAGAUUUUAUUCGAAACAACAGGCGCAUAAAUGGAGGGAAUGAUCUUCCCCGUGAAUACCUCUCUGAGCUCUAUCACUCAAUAUCUGAAAAUGAGAUCAGGAUGAUCCCGGAGCAAGCUAAUGGUUCUCCGACGAUGACCCAAAGCCAUUGGGUUGGUCUAAUGCACAAAUCCAAACAAACUGCUCCAUUUGUCAGUUGUGAUAACAGAGCUCAACUGGAUCCUGACAUGUUUGCUAUCUUAUCAGGUCCAGCAAUUGCUGCUCUAUCUGUGGUUUUCGAUAAUGUGGUACAACAAGAUGUUCUAGAAUCAUGUGUUGGCGGGUUCUUAAAUGUUGCGAAAAUUGCAGCUUCUUACCAGUUUAACAAUUUACUCAAUGAUCUGGUUGUCUCUCUUUAUAAAUUCACAACCCUCAUGCUUCCACUGUCUGGUGAAGAAUCUGUAAUUAUGUUGGGAGAUGAUACCAAAGCCAGGAUGGCAACAGAAGCAAUUUUUACUAUAGCAAAUAGGUAUGGAGAUUUUAUCCGCUCUGGUUGGAAAAAUAUUCUGGACUGUUUACUAUGCUUGCAAAAAUUAGGCCUUCUUCCUACUCGCCUGGCUAGUGAUGCAACAGAUGAUUUAGAGCCGCCUCUUGACACAGAGAGAGUAAAACAUGCUUCAAGUUCCUCGCCAUCACCCCUUAAGAUGGCUUCGUCAACUUCAAGGAGAUCAUUUAGUCUAAUAGGACGAUUCAGUCAACUCUUAAAUUUUGACGUAGAAGAACCUGCUCCACAACCAUCAGAAGAAGAGCUUGUAGCUCGUCAGAUCUGUCAACAAAUGGUUCAGAAGUGCCAAAUCUAUAGCAUUUUCAGUGAGAGCAAAUUUCUGCAAGCUGAUUCUUUAUCACAGCUUGUCCAGGCUCUCAUCUCAGCUGCAGGGCGAUCUAACAAAGGAAAUAACUUUCCGGAAGACGAGGAUACUGCAGUAUUUUGUCUUGAAUUGCUUAUUGCAGUCACCCUAAAUAACCGUGACAGGAUUAUGCUUCUCUGGAAAGAUGUCUAUGAGCAUAUAACCAAUGUUGUUCAGUCAGCUGUGAUGCCUUGCAUGUUGGUGGAGAAGGCUGUAUUUGGGCUUCUUCGGAUAUGUCAAAGACUUCUUCCUUACAAAGAAAAUUUAACUGAUGAGUUGCUGAAGUCCCUGCAGUUGGUAUUGAAACUUGAUGCUCGUGUUGCUGAUGCUUACUGUGAACAUAUUACACAGGAAGUUAUGCGCCUGGUAAAAGCUAAUGCAAUGCAAAUAAGAUCUCAUAUGGGCUGGCGUACAAUCACCUCCUUACUUUCCAUUACUGCUCGGCAUCCAGAAGCAUCGGAAGUGGGAUUUGAGACGCUUGAAUUUAUCAUGGCUGAUGGGGCUCACCUGCUACCUGCAAAUUAUGUACUUUGCAUCAAUGCAUCUAGACAGUUUGCUGAGUCCCGCGUUGGGAAUGUUGAUAGAUCGCUUAAAUCUCUGAAUUUGAUGUCGGAAUCUGUAACUUGUCUAGUGAGCUGGUCUUCUAAGACCAAUGAAACCGUAGGGGAAGAAGUGGCCUCUAAACUGAAACAAGAUAUAGGGGAGAUGUGGCUUAGGCUAGUACAAGGAGUAAGGAAAGUAUGUUUGGAUCCGAGAGAAAAAGUAAGAAAUCAUGCUAUUUCGAUCCUAGAGAGGAGCUUGACAGGGGUAGAUGGGAUAGAUAUACUAAAUGAUUUGUGGUUGCUAUGCUUUGAUCAAGUGAUCUUUGCACUACUUGAUGACUUGUUAGAAUUGGCAAAGGAGAGUUCUCCCAAAGACUAUCUUAAAAUGGAAGGAUCUUUAGUGUUAUCACUGAAACUCUUGUCAAAAGUGUUUUUGCAACUACUCCCGCGCAUCUCGCAGUUGACAACUUUUUCGAACCUGUGGUUAAAGGUUCUUAAUCAUUUUAAAAUAUAUAUGAAGUUGAAAUUUAGGGGAAAACGAUGUGAGAAGAUUCAUGAAUUAGUCCCAGAGCUACUAAAAAACACUCUACUGGUCAUGAAGACCUGUGAAAUUCUUGUGCCAGGUGAUGACAAUGAAGAUGACAGUUUAUGGAAGCUGACCUGGUUGCAUGUUAAGGACAUAGCCCCAUCUCUUCAGUUAGAAAUUUUCCCCCUUAAUGAAAUGAAGCAAUUGCAGUCCAACAGUAGCUAA